AUGCAUUGCGAGCAGGCGCUGCAAUCAUACUCUGCUCUUGAAACGCUUGUGUUAAAUCUCAGAAAUCAUGACGGUGGGGAGAUACCUCUCAAAGCUCUGGAUGACCACACAGCUCUCCUGGAAGAACUAAGGGAUCGAGUUGAUGCCCUAGCGCCUUCUAUGAACCGACAGGAUGCACAUUUUGCACAAAUCAUAGUAUCGCUCCUUCUGGACUUGGACCAGUUGCCUACAGUUUCUUCCACUUUGGAUUCAACCCUUCAGGCAUCUUCAUCCACUUCUCCUGGCCUUGUCGCUCGACAUCCUGUUGAUCUCUUAAGUACCUUGAAAAAGCAGCUUGGCGAUCUGCAAUCGGAAGGGAAGGCAAGGGCAAGCAUCCUCUCUUCACAGUCCCCAGUACAAACCGUGCAAGCCGCGCUCCUUUGGUCCAAGAUUGAACGAAAGCUAGAAGCUGUAACAGCACUUUGUAAAGAUCGCGCCGAUUCUCGCCGGUCCCCCUCCAUAGAUCAUCUCCCCCCUCAAUACGACCACGUAGGCCAUGACUUCGAGACACCCCCAGAAUAUGAUGCCGAGUAUCAAUCAUCUUACGAGAAGGCUGGCAUUCAGUCACCAAGGUUGAUACCAUCUCACAGUAUUUCCAACGAGAAACUGCGCAUGGAUUUUGAUGCCGUGACGUUGGCAAUCGAGCGUCUGUACAUCGUUGCACCCCAAUUACACAAUCAACGAGUGGAAUUGAAGAGCUCCAAGCUCGCUCAAAUGGAGCGUGCACGGCUUGAAGGUCCUAAAGUCCAGCUUUCCUCAUCUAAGGGGAAGCAGAAAGCUCAUGAUCGGGAUAUGCGCGACCUCGACCACAUAUUCGAGCUCCUCCGGAAAGCGUCAGACCGCAGGCUGACUGAUCAGUCAGUUGUCAUGGAUAGCAGACGAAUGGUCAAGCAAAGCAAGGCAAAGCAGGAGUACGAAAAUCAGCGAGGUGCAUUCGUCGACCAACUUGUCCAACGUUCGGGAGCCGGGAGAUUGCAUGACCAAGAUGCCAUCCUGCAACCGAAAGUCAGAGCCCUGGAUGAGCUUGUCACGCUCCCUGAGUUCAUUCGCGAGUCAAUGUCGAGUAUCCCGUCCGAGUCACGUCAAUAUACGUCCUCCUCUGGAGAUGCACUUGAGGAGCCGGUUCCUGACGUUACGGCAACCCACAAGAAGUCACGCAGUCGAAGCAUAUCUGCCCCACAAUGGUUGCGCCCUGCAGCGGAAUUUAGCCGACGGUUGUCCAAGAGCUCCAGCAGGCCAUGCUCGUCCCACGGGGGCAUUGCACUCAAUGUUUCCUACAUUGCCGAAUAUCACGAGACCUUGAGACAUGUCCUAGUCUUCGUAGCAGUAUCAGGCAUUCCCGUUGAUACAGAACUACAUGCUGAAGUGUUGCCAACGUCAUCCACUGGGACAGAAGGUGAUUGGCUAGUGAUUAGGAGUUCCUGGGCCUCCUCGCCUCCAUUAAGCCUGCCUGUCCGAGUCGCUCCUGGGAAGAAAGAUAUCCAAAUUCGUCAAGGACACUACGAGCUCAAACUUGGGAUUGCGAACCCACAGGCGGCGAGGUCCUCUUCACCUGAUGAACCUACUCCAUUGAUUUCUGCUGAGCAACUCCUAUUAUCGAAGCCGACAUCCUGGUCCUGCAUAUCCUGCUCGCUCCCCCUCGUCCAUAUCCCAAAGUUGAUCAAAUACCGCGACCUGCCAUCAGAACAUUGGGAAGAACUUGUCGAUUCCUGGAUGUGCCAUGCAGACCAAACACUACACAAUCACGUCGCGAAGCAUGGACGUGGUUUCUGGCCAGAGGAUAAUGAGGCUCUGGUCGGAUGUGGCUACAUCCUCUUCCAGCAAUCGGCCAUAGUAACCAACAAUAUCUCCUGCACCGAACAGCCCCUGCAAGUUUCACUUUCGGUUGAUACAAAACGUCCAAAAUUGAACGCGGGGCAACUCGCGAAGUCGUGGUUAGCACGAUGUAUAUGUGGCGCAGUAAUUGGUCGGCGGCAUGAACGACAUGGCGCAGAUGGCGCAGUUUCGGCGAUGUACCGUUUGUUCAAGUAUGCGGUGCGGCCAGUGAGCCAAAUAGCAGAACUUCCCCGAUUCCCAAUGUCUGCAUUCAUCAUGCAAGACAUGCUCGAGCAUGUGUCUGCUCAUGCAACGUACCGCUUUGUUAUCUCUGAUGAGGAAGAGGAGCGGCCACGAAUUUUGAUAUGGCUAUUCAAACCGAAGAUUCGUGUCUCGUAUAUGCUGCAUACACCAUACCUUCUUCCGAAACAGGGCUCCAUCGACGCGUCAAAAGUGUUGUAUAGAAUUUUGGGGCCGUCGUCGUCAACGAUGGCUUUGAAAGACCUACUCUCUCGAUACCCUGGGUUUCCUCAAGCGGAGCACCUCUUCUAUCCAAUCGACGUUUGUCGCAAGCUCGCAGGACUCUUGACGGAGAGCACCCAUUCGUAUCCAGAGAACACGAGGACGAUGACGGGCUUGGAUGUUGGAUGGUUAAAUCGUGGAUACUGA